AUUGGUUUGUGCUGCUUAGACCAGCGGAACUAGCGGCACUGAAGCGUUCAUUCUACUUCAGUUUAUGUCAGUUAUAAUGGUGGACGAAUCUGCGACAGAAAUCCCCACUCCGGAUACUGUGCUCAAGCAACCAAGCCCUCCAAACAAUGACUUUCCAUCGCCGGAUGAAAUCAAAAAAUUGUACUACUCAAUGUCCUCUUCCGACGGCAAAGGAUUACUGCUCACAAACAUAAGCAAAGCGCUGCAACUCCUUGGCCAAUGCCCAACACAAGCUUCCAUACAGGCAAUUUGCGAAUCGUAUACGCCAGACGAGCAAGCCAAAAAUGUGGUUCCAUCGGUCAAAUUGGAGCAAUUUACUGACAUCUUAAAGGAAAAUUGGCUCUCAAAAAGUGGAAGAAUCGCUCAACUAAAUGAUGCAUUCCGUUUUUUUGACAAAGAUGAGUCAGGAGUGAUCGAAGCGAACAUUCUGCGAGAGAAGCUACUCACUGUGGGAGAUUGUUUCACCGAAAAGGAAGCAAACGAGUUCUUCAAUGAGGCCAAACCUACAGCCGACGGGAAGUUGCCAUAUGACAGUUUUGUUCAACGCUUGGUCGAACCGUACUCUCGUCCCAAAUCCAAACGUGAAACGUCUGGGCCAAAUCAGAAGAAGGGUGGAACCGCAAGGAAAUGAGUUUGCACCAAGUUUUAUGCAAUUGACCAGUUCAUUAACUUCGACGUAGUUAUAUCAGUCAAAACCAGCUCAAAAGAAAGUAAAUACAAGUUGUAUAGUAC